UCCGUAUCGGAAGUGGCGUUGUUGACGGAAUCUGAGGAGGUUCAUGUUCCGCGGAUUGACUUGCCCAGCAAAAACAAAUUGCAGCGGAAGCCUCUGACACGUUCUUGGGUUUUCUUCUAUGAUGCGUCUGGAAUUUUGCAUUUUGAGCAAAGUUCAUAUCACGUCGUAAUAAUUAACAAAGCAGUAAAGGAGCUGCAUUAACAUCGUUAGCUAUUUAUGCUAGAGGAAACAGGUUUUCGUGGUACAAACGCGCUGGUACAGUCAGUGAACGCACCAACCUGUAGACGUUAUAGUGUCGCAUCUACGACAAAUUAACAUCCAUGUGGCUGAUAAAGGCUUGGCUGCGCCGUCUACAGCGUCGUUUUUUAUAUUUAAUCUAACGUUCUCCGUGAACACGUCGAGCGUACCGUCGGGGGGAAAUGGCUGAAACCAUUGUAACGUUUCAGUCCCAGCUCUCUGGAGUGAUGGAGACGGUGUUCAAGGCUGCUAUGUUUGAGAUCACCCGUCUGGUGGAGGACAGCUUCCUGGAGGAGGUGACCCGCUGCAGGGAGCAGGUCGAGUCCCUGAGAAAGCGGCUGAGGUGGGCGGAGAGUCGCAGCAGAGAAAAGCAAGACGACACGCGGGACACCUGUGCUAAAUGCGGGAGAGCAGGCCCGAACAAACCCGCUGCCGCAGAAUUUUCUUCACCAGAGAAGAAUCUGAAGCAGGAGAGCGUGAUUCCAGAAGAGGAAGCUGGAUCUCUGGAAAACUCUGCACAAGUUCACAACCAAGAUAUGGAAGAAGCUCACUGCACAGGAAAUGCUAUGCAUCCACUCAAUGCUCAAGAUGAUCAUUUUGGUGGGCAGUUCAAGGAGGAGCCGCUGCAGACCAUGACAGAAAUCAAUGAGGUGCAAGAAUGGGACAUGAGAUCACAAGAAGCGGAUCCUUCUAGCCUGCAAGGUUCAAGUAAACGUUUCAGUGAGCCGAAGAUCGCAAAGUGGGAGACUGGUUUUGAGCAGGGAGCAGAACCGAGCCAAGAAGGACACUCUGCUUACUCCUCUGAAGCUCUGUUCCAGAGCAGGUAUGGUAUGGAUCAGCUGGGGGGUGUGGAGGAGGCUGCCAAUGAAAACACCAGCAUGAUGGGCAUGGCUAGUUUCAGUCACAUGCAAGGGUCUUCAUCCCACCUGGGGGGUGACUUGGCUGACUUGAACCAAUGCACUGAUAAAAACGCAAUGGAAAUGGCGGAAAGAGCUGAUCACCACUGUUACCAGACAGUCAUCCCCCAGAAAAGACGACUCGCUCCGUCUCCACCGGCAGCAUCACCUGAAAAGGCCAACUUGAAUGAAAAGGAAGCGUUCACCUGUUUGCUAAUUGAUGAAGAGGGUUAUUUGCAAGACACGAAUGUACCUCAUGCAUCUUCUGAUGCAGGAAUAUUAUUGGGUUUUCGUGGGCAAGGCAUUCCAUUUAACCAGUCUUCCUCUCAGGGCUUGUAUGAAUCUUCCAAUGCAUGCAGUGGUACGUUAAACUUAUCGGACACUUUACAGCAUCAGACUGCAUCCAAAGGAGGGAGGAGAGAUGCAUCGAACUCAUGUUCCGCAUCCUUUCCCAAUUCUGUUUCCCUAAAGACCCAUAAACGGACACAGAAAAGCACCAAACAAGGGGUGCCAUUCUCCCGCAACCAGAGCACAAAGAGUUUUUCUCAAGCAUGUAAUCUCCAGGCCCACCAGAAGACUCACUCAGCUCAGGAACUCCACCUGUGUAGCCACUGUGGCAGAGGAUUUUCUUCCUUUGAAGACUUAAGAAGUCACAAAUGUGGGCAAAUCGGGGAUAAACCUUAUUGCUGCACUGUUUGUGGGAACAAGUUCAGCCGCCUCUGGAAUUUGAAAUUGCACCAGAGAAUUCAUACUCAAGAAAAACCCCACCGGUGCAAUAUGUGCGACAAAAGCUUCACGCGGGCAGACAUACUAAAGAUUCACCAGCGCACCCACACAGGAGAAAGGCCAUACUGCUGUUCUGUUUGUAACCUCAGUUUCAAACGCCUGGAUCACCUGAAGUCCCAUCAGCGCAAACACAUCAACCUGUGAGGCUCGACAGCAACAGCUGCUUUGAUCGUUUAUUUGUCUAGUGAAGACACAAAGACCAUUGUUUGUAAAAUGUUGAUAUUUUCUGAUAAAAGGCACAUUGACUGAAGACAAAAAUCACCACAACCCUAUUUAAAUCAUGAGUUUUGCCAUAUAAGAGCGUGAGACCAUGAUAAAUCUUCAAAAAAUGUUUUCCCACUUGCAAUGGGACAUGAAUACUGUUGAGAUUCGUUAAAAUGUCAAAUGUCUCAGCAGGUUGGCUAUAGUAGCAAAAAUAGACACCUGUGGGUGUGGCUGUCGUCACAGCAACCACAUCAAACCCGGUCAGUAAAAAUGGCAAUUCCAAACAAAGGACAGCUGUUUUAGUUGACUUUUGAGUUGCAUUUAACAGAAAAAUGUAUGGUUUACAGAGAUCUUUGGCAUUGUCAGAUGGAUGGUCAAACGAUGGACAAUAAAUUCUGCAACAUUUGAUAAAUCACAGAGCGCAGACUUUAUCAAUUAAUGUUACAACAUUACCAGAAUGAAGAUGUGCCUCCUAGGAUAAGAACAUGAACAGAAAACUGCUUAAUGAUUGCAGGAAGUUGGCAGACCAACAGUAACAUUAAAAGAAGUGCAACUGCUUCUGGAAAGUCCUAAUUCUGAAGUCUGUGACGUCGUAUUUUUUACAGACCUGUUCUGUGGAGCGAGGUUGCAAGGCGGAUGUCUCGUCUUUCAAAAGAAAAACAUCCGAGCCCUGGCAAACACUCAAAGCGUCUCACAACAGCACAUAAGGCAAACUUGUGACGGUGUGAUAAAACGUAACAUUUCAUUUUUUAUGGUCAUUGAUUUCAAAAGUUCUUUUUAGUGCAACGUUGCACGUCAUUGAAAGCACGUCAGUGAAUAAUGGUGGUGGUAGCAGCAUCUUGCUACCUGUUAUUUCAGUCAAGGUGGAGGGAAUUCUAAAUCAUUUCAAAUGGCAGUCAUUGUAAGCACAAAGGACGACAAUUGGAGAUAAGUUUAUUUUUCAAUACAACAGUUCAAAUAGUACACAUCCGUAAACAACAGUGGGACUUUACCAGAAAAACAUUUAGGUCUGAAAGGAACAGGAAGGUCCAGACGUGAAUCUAAUUUCAAAUCUGAGCGAGAUAUGAAGAGCACUGUCCAAAUAUGCUUACCGGUAAUUCCACCCCCCAAAAUGAGUGAUACUACAAAAUAAGGAUUCUACUAAGUAUUGUUUUUAGAAUAAUGCUUAUUUACCAAUCAAUAUUUUAUUUAAAGCUGUAUUGGGUGAUAUUUAAAGUUCGAAAGGUUCUCGUUUAAGUCUGUUUUAGGCUUCAAUAUGAAUGUAUGGACUUAAUAUUCUCUCUAUAUUGUUUAGUUUUAGUGGACAUAAAAAGGCUGAAGAUAAGUAUUAUAUUUCUCAUGUUUUUAUAAAACACUCUGGUGGUGGGUAACAAAAAAACAAACAAACCUGAUUUUUGUGAAUGUGAUUUCAAAUAAAACAUGAUUAAGAUCUUUGUAAUUUUUAUGUCUUCUUGGCAGCAUCUCAACGUAGAAGGUUCUAUGAAUAAAUGGUAACUUCCCAAAACGCUGGCACCCCAAAACUGUUGCUGUCCCUGUGAGGAUUUCCAUCAAAGGCAGUCUAUUACAGAUUCACAAGAUAACCACAAACAGCUUUUCAGCUAUUUUUUUUAUUUGCUCUUUAUAUUUUUAGAAAGCUGCCUGAGGUCUUAUAUAUUGAUGGGGAUUUUUGCAAACGAGAUUCAUUUUCUUUGCCCAAAACAACAAAAUAAUUUGAAGCACCACUCUUGAAACCUAUUGAAUUAACAGCAGAGGUUUGGGAACACGAGGAACAUGAGGAUCUGUAAUUGUGUGUGACUUGCAUUUAAAACAAGUUUUACAAAAACUAAACAAAGGGAUAAACAUGUUAGAUUUUUUGCAUUUUUUUUAUGAAUAAACCCUAAAAGGGAAGAUUUUGGA